AUGCAGAACAGCCUGGGACCCGCUUGCAUCUUCUUGCGCAAGAACAUUGCUGACAAGCAGAGGCAACGUGAACUGAGUGGAGAUGAAAUUGAAGAACUCUGUGAAGCCUUUCAGGAGUUUGACAAGGACAAAGAUGGAUAUAUCAGCUGCAAAGAUCUGGGCAACCUCAUGAGAACAAUGGGUUACAUGCCAACUGAGAUGGAACUCAUAGAAUUGUCUCAACAGAUCAACAUGAAUCUUGGAGGACAUGUCGCUUUCGAGGACUUUGUAGAACUGAUGGCCCCAAAACUGUUGGCAGAAACAGCGGGCAUGAUCGGCCUUCAAGAGAUGAGAGAUGUCUUCAAGGAGUUUGAUGCAAAUGGGGAUGGCAAGAUCACUUUGACUGAGCUGCGACAGACCAUGCAACGGUUGAUGAGUGAGACAAUGACCAUUGAAGAGGUUAACGAUAUGGUGAAGGAAGCUGACAUUAAUGGAGACGGGACUGUGGAUUUUGAAGAAUUUGUCUCGAUGAUGUCACGCUGAUGCAACCAUUGGCCUUCCUCUGCUUCCAAGGAGUGAAAAUACAGACUGCAC